UGUGAUUGGCUUAUUCUCUUCGCCCGCCUUAUUUCCGGUUCUAAAGAGAAGGCUAAAGCAGUACAGGGUUGAAGGCCUCUGCCCCGGAAGCACUAUCUCGGAGGGGGUCCGUGAGGAGUCCAGAGCGCAGGCGCAGCUCACUAUGGCGGCCUGCAUUGGCUCGAUGACCGGCUUGCUGAGCGUCCGCUGGGGGACGGCCGGACGAGGCCCUCUCGUUGCCUGCCGGCGAUGGGCGGGCUCCUCGGCCGACACCGUGUACGAUGUGGUGGUGUCAGGAGGAGGCCUGGUGGGCGCUGCCAUGGCUUGUGCCUUGGGGCAUGAUAUUAAUUUUCGUGACAAGAAAAUCCUGUUGCUGGAAGCAGGUCCAAGAAAAGUCCUGGAUAAAUUGUCAGAAACUUACAGCAACAGAGUCAGCUCCAUUUCCCCCGGUUCUGCAACCCUUCUCAGUAGUUUUGGUGCAUGGGACCACGUCUGCAACAUGCGGUGCAAAGCUUUCCGGCGGAUGCAGGUGUGGGAUUCCUGCUCAGAGGCCUUGAUCAUGUUCGAUAAGGACAACUUAGAUGACAUGGGCUACAUAGUGGAAAAUGAUGUCAUCAUGCAUGCUCUCACCAAGCAGCUGGAGGCUGUGGCAGACCGUGUGAAGGUUCUCUACAGGAGCAAAGCUGUUGGCUAUGCCUGGCCUGGUCCAUUUUCCAUGGCAGACUCCAGCCCUUGGGUCCAUAUUACCCUAGGUGAUGGCAGCACCCUCCAGACCAAACUGUUGAUUGGUGCUGAUGGGCACAACUCAGGAGUAAGGCGAGCUACUGGGAUCCAGAAUGUCAGCUGGCCCUAUGACCAGUCUGCUGUGGUGGCCACUCUGCAUUUAUCAGAGGCCACAGAAAACAAUGUAGCCUGGCAGAGAUUUCUUCCCUCUGGGCCUAUUGCUUUGCUUCCGCUCUCAGAUACCUUGAGUUCCUUGGUUUGGUCCACAUCCCAUGACCAUGCAGCAGAGCUGGUCAGCAUGGAUGAGGAAGAGUUUGUGGAUGCCAUCAACUCUGCCUUUUGGAGUGACGCUAACCACACAGACUUCGUGGACUCGGCCAGCACCAUGAUGCACUAUGUUGUCUCCCUUCUGAAGCCAACUAAGUUCUCAGCUCGUCAGCUGCCCCCAAGUAUAGCCAAGGUGGAUGCUAAAAGCAGAGCCCUCUUUCCUCUGGGGCUGGGACAUGCCUCGGAAUACGUCCGGCCUCGGGUGGCACUCAUUGGUGAUGCAGCCCACAGAGUGCAUCCGCUUGCAGGACAAGGAGUCAACAUGGGCUUUGGGGAUGUUUCCAGCUUGGUUCGUCACCUCAGUUCAGCGGCCUUCAAUGGGAAGGACUUAGGUUCCAUGAGCCACCUUACAGGCUAUGAAACAGACAGACAGCGUCAUAACACUGCUCUUCUGGCUGCUACUGACCUAUUGAAAAGGCUCUAUUCAAGCAGGGCCACGCCACUGGUGCUGCUCAGGACAUGGGGCUUGCAGGCCACGAACGCAGUGCCUCCUCUCAAACAGGCACUGGUGUUCAUGGGAGUACAUACGACAGCAAACAUGCGGAGACUGAAGAAAACUUCCAGGAGUUCAUCUCUCCUUCCACGGGGGAUUACAAUCAUCCAACCCGAUUGUCGGGCUUGUGUGGCAAGUGCCUUUACCUGCUGAGGUUCUUACAGCUGAAAGAAAUCGGAGUCCUGGGAGGAGUGUGACCUGUGCCAUGUUUCUCCCUUAGUCACCAUGGACGUUUCAUUAUGAAGACACCUGUCCUCUCCCUGCCAUGACCAAGUACCACUCACCCUUUCCUUUUU